UUCACGUAAUUCUUACGACAAACGUCAACACUAUGUAAAUGCAAAUGAUAUAAACAUUUAUCACAUGUGUUUGGUUUUGUCAAAAAUAAUCGUUUGACUGCUUUGUGCUGACCAUCACAUCGUUAGCCACCAAUUAUCUGAGAUUAUCUGCGAUUAGCUGAAGAUAUGAGUCGUCGACAAACUCCGAGUGAGUUCUUGAAGCAAAUCAUUGGCCGUCCGGUUGUCGUCAAACUCAACUCUGGCGUCGACUACAGAGGAGUGUUGGCCUGUUUGGACGGCUAUAUGAACAUCGCGUUGGAACAGACGGAAGAGUACGUGAACGGACAGCUCAAGAAUAAAUACGGCGACGCCUUCAUCAGAGGCAAC